CGCCAUAGAAGCUUCAAUAAUAAGACAAUAACACAAUCGAACAGAUAACUAUGGUGAUGAGCCCUUCGAUUGAGUCCCACCUCGCUUUAAUGUGUGGUUCAUAAACAUGGAAAUGUCAAACAUACAUGAUGGACCCUCAGAACUCGAUGAGCGGUCGAACUGAGUCUUCUGAUGAUGCUCCGUACCUCCUCCGGAGCUUAGCGAAAGAUGUACCGCUCUCGGCGGACGGGGAGAAGAAUGAUACUCGAAUAACUUGUGUAGAGUUCUGGAACGACAACCUUUAUAUCGGUACCUCCGCCGCGGAGAUCCUACAUCUCGUUCGAAUACCGCCCGAUCCUCAAGAUGUAUCCGCCGAAUCAACCUUUAUCCUCGCCUCGAGGCUUCGACCGCCGGUUCUCCGAGAGGCAGAAGAUGGCAUCCAGCGGAUUCUCCUCCUGCCCGCCGUUGGCAAGGCGGCGAUCCUAAGCAACCAUACCUUGAGUUUCUACUCACUACCCGAACUUAGCCCAGCGUUUCCACGGCUUAAACCGUUCACAUGUGCUUGGGUCGGGGGAACUGACCAGGACAUCUCCGAAGAUGUGAUGGACGAGCCUGGUGGGGUGGUGAUCAUGAUGGGGUUGCGGAAUAAGAUACGGAUGGUAAGAAUCGGCGAGGAACCCAUCGUGGUACGGGAUAUCGAAUUUGGUGGAUGCCUGACUACAUCCCGACGAGGCGAUGUUGCUUGUGUUGCCGACGCCAACUCGUAUGCGCUCUUGGAUGUGGUGCAUCAGCAAAAGAUCCCGUUGUUCCCGAUCAGCUCCUUCUCAACGGAAGACCCCCAGAGUAUAGGAGAGACAUCACAGCUUUCGACUCCACCAUCCGCCCACUCGAGAAGUGUUUCCGCACUAGGUCGUUCCGAGACAACUCAGGAUCGGGGUCAUGGACGAAGCAGCAGCCUGGGGGUGUUCUCGGGCGACACACGACGGCAUUCAAGUACACGAUAUGGCUUUGAUAUACCGGACAGUUUGUCACGAAUGACAUCACCCACACCUAGGACGAACACAACUCCCCCCGAAUCGACCACGGAGCGAUCGGCAUCUCCUCGACCCCAACAAGAAACGAACAAAUCCCUCCCUCCACCUCCUCCCGAAUCUCGACCGAGCUCGCAAUUGAUCAAAGGAUUUGGCCUGUUGCGUCCACAGAUCGCAUCCCCAACAUCCACGGAGUUCCUCCUGGCUCAAGGAAACGGCCCGUUCGAUCCUGGCGUAGGGAUGUUCGUCAAUUUGGAUGGAGAAGUCGUGCGCGGAACCAUCGAAUUUACCAGCUAUCCGGAUAAUAUGGUGGUCGAUGGUAAAGGCAUCGAUCUGACUGCCAGCGCCGCUCUUGAUGAGGUUUUUGAGGAGGGGUACGUACUCUCGGUUGUCCGUGCCGGGACAGAAGACUCGUUCAAGCGCCAAUUAGAAAUUCAGCGCUGGGAUGUGGACUCCGGUGAGGGUCAUGCGACCAAGCUGAACUACGAUCUUGAAUCCUUAGUCGGCGAAGCCCCGUCCGCCGAAGCAACAACGGACGGAACUGAUCUGGGCAUUCAACGACUUUUGUCGGCGGUUGACAUCAGUCUCCCCGAGAUAAGUUCGGUAUUGGCAAAGAAACGAUUGAGCCUAAAACCAUCAACUCCUGCCCCACCUUCCUCCCCGAUUGUAUCUGAGCAGUCUGCAAAGGGGAAGACGCGGACCGCCGAGGACAUCUUCGAGGAAUCGGAAGAAACGCGAGAAAGAGACGAAUUGGAGAUCGUGAGGCGCCUCUGCAAUGUUCCGGCGAAAAUGGCAUGUUGGUCCGGCGAUCGAAUCUGGUGGACGGUCCGCAAUCCCAGAUUCCUUCAACUCAACGCGAGAUUGGAGCAGGCUUCCUCAUCUGCAGAGUCCCGACGGGGUUUUCUCCGCCCUGAUCGAGUGGCGGUCCAACUGCUGCUCAACGAUAUCCGAGGCCUGGAUCCGCGAACGGAACUGGACUUUUUUGCCCUUAGCUUCAUCCGCCAGAAAGCCGCCCUUCUCCUGUUUGCAGAUUUGAUUCUGAGAGUAUCAUCCGACGAAAAUAACCAGCAGCAGGGUGUUCGGGCGACGGAAAAGGCCCUCAUCGAGAGCGAAUUAGACCCUCGCAUCAUCUUAGCGUUCAUCCCCGUAAUUCGUGACGAGAUCCGAGAAGGAGAUUCUGGCUUGUGGGCCCACAACGGGUUGAAAGAUGUCUUUGAGAAGUUCCUGCAUCAGGAAGCUCAGGUCGACAUAUCGUCACAGAUGUCAGGCUCGCUGUCUCAUCUUGUCUUGCAGCUUGCAAAGACUUAUAUGCUCUAUUGGAGGAAGAAACGAAACUUUGGAAGCGUCGAGGAUAGAGACGAUCUGUUCGGGUCGGUGGAUGCCGCUCUACUUCAUAUCCUUCUCAUCCUAGACCAAGGCUCGUCACCAGGACCAGCAACCCCAGGCAGUGUACGGCAAGAGUUGAACAUCGUUGUCGAUGACAAGGAGUUCGAAUCGUUCGAUCGAGCCGUCCUGCUUCUCGAGCAGUACAAGCGCCUAUACGUGCUUAGUCGUCUGUAUCAGAGCCGGAAGAUGUCGUCAAAGGUCCUGGCCACCUGGAAGCGGAUCAUCAGCGGUGAGCAUGACGCUGGUGGCGAGUUCUUGGAUGGAGAGCAGCAACUACGGCGGUAUCUCACAAAACUCAAGGACAGCAAACUUGUACGGGAAUAUGCGAUAUGGUUAGCGAAUCGGAACCCAAAACUUGGGGUUCAGGUGUUUGCGGACGAUCACAGCACCGUCAAGUUUCGAACUACCGAUGCAUUGAAGAUUCUUCAUGAGCAUGCACCUGCGGCGGUCAAGGAAUACCUUGAAUAUCUCGUGUUCGGCAAGAAGCAAACCCAAUAUUCGAAUGAGUUGAUCGGCUACUACCUUGACGUCGUCGUCAAGGAGCUGGAGUUAUCCGAGGAAUCGAAACAAAUCCUCAUGCAAACGUAUGAGACCUACAGAGCGCUACACCCCCCGAAGCCUACAUAUCGCCAGUUCAUAAUGGACAACGCCAUCGACGCCGAGUGGUGGCAGAGCCGACUCCGACUCCUACAACUCCUCGGCGGCACCCAAGAUCCCGCCUCCUCGUACGACACCGCCGCCGUGCUCGAACGGCUCACCGCCUACGAAGAACACCUCGUCCCCGAAAUGAUCAUCCUCUGCGGUCGCCAAGGCCGCCACGAGGAAGCCAUCCGACUCCUGACGCAUGGUCUCGGCGAUUUCGACACCGCCGUCAGCUAUUGUCUCCUGGGCGGGCACAGCCUGUUUCGAACCCUGGGCGACGUCGUUCCCGGUCGGCCGAAGCCGAGCCGAGAGGACCAGUCCCGGCUGUUUGAGUAUCUGCUGCACGAAUUCUUCCAGAUUCGGGACCUUUCGGACCGGAUCGAACGAACGGGGGAGCUUCUGGAGAGGUUCGGCCCCUGGUUCGACGUAUCCACGGUUCUAAACAUGAUCCCCGAUUCCUGGGCCAUCGACGUGUUCUCCGGCUUCCUCGUCAGUGCCCUGCGUCGAUUGGUGCGCGAACGCUGCGAGGCCGCGGUAACCAAAGCGUUGUCGGGCGCGCAGAAUUUGAAGCUCACAGCGGAGCUGGCUGACCGACAGGACGAGCUCGGUCCAAAAGUGGAAUAUGAUGCCCACAACGCCAGGAUUGAUAAUAGCGUUGCUUAAUACAUACCUGAUGUAAAUACCCCAAUUGCUGGUUGUUUUAUAUUGCGUUUCCCAGC